AUGCCCCACGCCGCUCGCAGCCUCAUCCGUGCAAGCGCAGCGUCUCCGGCGGCCACCGCCGCUCCGAACCCCAUCGUCGUGGCAGCAUCCCCCGCUCCCAAUAACGGCUCUAACGGCCAAACAACGCAGCCCAGCGGUCUCGUGAAGGACGCUCCUACCUUCCAAGAGGCGAUUUCCAAGCUCCAGGAGUAUUGGGCCUCCGUGGGCUGCGCCAUCUGGUUGCCCCACAACACCGAGGUUGGAGCCGGGACCAUGAACCCCGCCACCUUCCUGCGCGUGCUGGGUCCGGAGCCAUGGAACGUGGCCUACGCGGAGCCCUCCAUUCGCCCGGACGACUCGCGGUACGGCGACAAUCCCAACCGCCUGCAGCGCCAUACGCAAUUCCAGGUAAUCCUGAAGCCGGACCCCGGCAACGCACAGGAGCUGUACCUGGGCAGUCUGGAGGCACUGGGCAUUGAUACCAAGGUACACGAUGUUCGGUUCGUAGAGGAUAACUGGGAGAGCCCGGUGCUGGGCGCCUGGGGCCUGGGCUGGGAGGUGUGGCUGGAUGGAAUGGAGGUCACCCAGUUCACGUAUUUCCAACAGGCGGGCGGUCGUGCUCUGGAUGCCCCGGCUGUUGAGAUCACGUAUGGCCUGGAGCGCAUCAUGAUGUCGCUCCAGGGGGUGACCAACUUCAAGGACAUCAGGUACGCCCCCGGCGUGACGUACGGCGAGAUGUUUUACCAGAACGAGUACGAGAUGUCCUGCUACAACCUGGACGAGGCUGACGUGGCGGACCAGCGGGCGCGGUUUGAGCUGUACGACAAAGAGGCCCGUCGCCUGCUGGCGAAGCGCCUGCCCAUCCCCGCCUACGACCACCUCCUGAAGCUCUCGCACACCUUCAACAUCCUGGACGCCCGCGGCGCGGUGGGGGUCACGGAGCGAGCCGACUGCUUCGCCACUUUGCGGGGCCUGGCCAGGGAGAUCACCGGUCUGUGGGUAUCGCGCCGCGAGGAGCUGGGCCACCCGCUGGGCCUUAUCCCUCCGCCCGCCAGCCCGGUUUCCAGCCGGCCAGUCGGUGCCCCCCUGGAGCCCCGGAGCUUCGUGUUGGAGAUCGGCACUGAGGAGCUGCCGCCGGAUGAUGUGGUGUCUGCGUUGAACCAGCUGAGGGAGCGCGUUCCUGCGUUGCUGUCCAAGCUCCGACUGACCCAUGGUUCGGUGCAUGUGGAGGGCACUCCCCGCCGCCUGGCGGUGGUUGUGGAGGGGCUGGCGGCCCGGCAGGCGUCCGAGGAGGCCAAGGUUCGCGGUCCCCCGGCUAAGCAGGCCUUCUCCGCGGACGGCUCCCCGACCAAGGCCCUGGAGGGCUUCUGUCGCAAGAACGGCGUGGAUGUGGGGUCGGUGACACGGGAGGCGGACGCCAAGGGGGUGGAGUACGUGUACGCGGUGGUGCGUGAUGCGGGACGCGACGCGGUUGAGGUUUUGACGGACGAGCUGCCGGGCUUGGUGGGCAGUCUGUCGUUCAAGAAAUCCAUGAGAUGGAACGGCCAUGGCGCGUCUUUCAGCCGGCCCAUGAGGUGGCUGCUGGCGCUGCACGGCGAUGUCGUACUGCCAUUCGUGUACGGCGGCCUGCAGGCCGCCCGCACCACCAGGGUCCUCCGCAACUCCCCCGCCCCCGAGCUGGUGGUGUCCUCAGCGGAGACCUACCUGCCGGCACUGGCUACGGCGGGUAUUGCCCUGAGCGGCAGCGACCGUGCGGAGGCCAUCUGGCGAGAUGUGGAGGCGGCGGCGGCAAAUGUGGGUCGCUGCCCUCCAAUUCUCUCUCCGCCCUCCUCCCCGCCUUGCGGCCUCUGCAAUUCCACGUCGCCCCCCUUUCCCCCGUUGCCUCUCCCCGGGCACACAUUUACGGGCGGCACACAACACAACACAACGCAACACGACAGCGAGGUGCUGGUGAUGGUGAUGCGCAAGCACCAGCGCUACUUCCCGGUCUUUGCGCCCGACGGCAAGUCGCUGCUGCCGUACUUCAUCACCGUGGCCAAUGGGCCUGUGGAUCCGGCGGUCGUGGCGGCGGGCAAUGAGGCGGUGCUGCGCGCUCGCUUCGAGGACGCCACGUUCUUCUACCGGGAGGACUUGAAACAACCGUUGGAGGCGUUCAGGCCCAAGCUGUCCGGCACCACCUUCCAGAAGGAUCUGGGUUCGCUGCUGGAUAAGGCCCUCCGGCUAGAGAGGCUGGUAGGGCCGCUGGCGGCGGCGGUGGCGGCGGCGCGGCCGGGCCAGGCGGCCUGGGGUGAGGCGGGCGUGUUGGAGGUGGCGGUGGAGGCGGCGCGGCUGUGCAAGGCGGACCUGGCGACCAGCACGGUGACCGAGAUGACGGCACUUGCGGGCACCAUGGGCCGCCAUUACGCGUACAAGCAGGCAAGUUGUGGCCUAUCUGCCGCUGUGGCCGAGGCCAUCUUCGAGGCGGCCCUUCCCCGUCAGGCGGGCGACCUGCUGCCCGCCAGCCCAGCCGGGGUACUGGUGGCGGCGGCAGAUCGACUGGACUCCCUGGUCGGCCUCUUCGCCGCGGGCUGCGCGCCGACAGCAGCCGCGGACCCGUACGGCCUCCGCCGCGCCGCGUACGGCAUGCUGCAGACGCUGGUGACAAACAACGUCGGCGUCAGCCUCCGUGCCGCUGUCGCCGCGGCGGCUGCGCUGCAGCCCAUCGCCGUCUCCGACGCCGUACAGUCCGACGUGUUGUCGUACGUCAACGGCCGACUUGAGCAGCUUCUGGGUGAUGGCGGUGCCCCAGCGGAGGUGGUUCGGGCCGUGCUGGGGGAGCGCGGGGAUGACCCGGCGCUGGCAGCGAAAACGGUGGAGGAACUCAAGGUGUGGUUGCGCGCGGGUAGCCUGCGCCGCGUGAUGGCGGCGUUCAGCCGACCCACCCGCAUCGUCCGCGGCAAAGAGGUGCCCGACGCGUCGGUUGCUGUCGACCCGGCUGUGUUCGAGGGAGAGGAAGAGCGCCAGCUGUACGCGGCUUACACUGACGCACGCGCUAAGAUGUCGCCCGCGGUGUCCGUGUCCGAGUGGCUGGCGGCAGUGGAGCCGCUGCUACCCGCCAUCGACCGCUUCUUCGACAAGGUCUUCGUGAUGUGUGAGGACGCGGCGGUGCGGGCCAACAGGCUGGCGCUGCUCCGCGACCUGGCGGCCCUCCCCCGCGGGGUGCUGGACCUCUCCCAGCUGCCCGGUUUCUGA